CCGGCAACCCUUGGUCGUGCAGAAACGCUCAGGGUUGCAACAGAAACACCCGCCGCCUUUUUUCUUUGCAUAUUUAUAAACGCAUCGUAUCCCAUUUCUAUUCUUACCAAGGUUCGAGUUAUUUUUGAGGCCAGUUGCAUGCAUUGUUCGUCUCCAAAAAUGGUUUGCGAGACAAAAAUUGUUGCGGAUGAGCACGAUGCCAUACAAGGGACAAAAAAAGAUUCUAUUAUCCUUUCCUCCUCGCAAAUGUGGACUUCUUCCACACCGGCACCGAAUCCUCUCGAGGAAAAUUAUGUGAGGAAAGAUACGGUUUUGAUCCGGGAGUUUGAGCGCACGGACCAUGUGGAAGUGCGCCGCAUCUUUUAUGAGGGGAUAAUGGAGAGAAUACCCAACACCGCGUUCAGAGGCAUAUUACAGCAAAGUCAAACCCAAUUCGUAUAUGCUCUUCUGACACUGAUGUGCUUUGUUGUGACCAAAUCCCUCGCGCUGACCUGCUGCGCGCCGUUCCUUCUCAUGGGCGCGCGCUACUUCUACAGCCACAAAGUCAUCCACAGCUAUCUGGCCUGCGCGCUCCACACUGACAUGGCAGACAUCGAGGAGUAUUACAUGAAACCUACAGGCUCAUGUUUCUGGGUGGCAGUGCUGGAAGGUCAGGUGGUCGGCAUCGUGGCGGCGCAGGGCCGGGAGGAUGACAACACGGUGGAACUACGCCGCAUGUCGGUGGACUCGCGCUUCCGCGGCAAGGGCAUUGCCAAGUUGCUGGGGCGUCGUGUGCUAGAGUUCGCCAUGCAUAACAACUACGCCGCCGUCGUCCUGGGAACCACCGCCGUCAAGAUGGCUGCCCACAAGCUGUAUGAGUCGCUGGGCUUCCGGCGGACCGGCGGUAGCGAGGAUUACAUGCUGCCCGGAAUGAGCCGCUCGCCGCAAGAGAGGCUCUUCUUCCAGAUCCGUUACCAACGCUACCGUCUGCAGCUCCGUGAGGAGUGAGGGAUGAGAGAGAGGGAGAGAGGGAUGGAGAGAGAAAGGGGGAGAGAGCAACGACACCACCUCCUCGAGGCAGAGCCCCUCGCCCAACGAGCCUCGACCAAGUCCUUCUCCUCUGACAACUUUAUUUAUUUUAUAUUAUUAGAGUUUCUUCUUCUUACUACUACUGUUUCUAUUCAUUCAUCUAAAGUCACUAACUUUUUAUUGGUUUUAGUUUAUUUUUUAUUUAUUUUUUAAAUUUUGAAUUUAGUGCCCCCCCCCCGAGUACAUUUAUUGAUUUUUUUUUUACCCUGUCCUGUUGUAAAAAAUAAAAAAAAUCCCUAACAUA